AUGCUCAAAAAUGAGUUGGGGAAAACCGUUCAGGCUAACGCCAGGCUGUCGGAGACGAAGGCCACGCUUGAGGACAAACUUUCUAAAGCUUUGACAGAGAACAGAGAGCUUUCCGAGAGAAUGGAGGUUAUGCACACACGAAUGCAAGAAAGACUGGCAUUUUCCGGAAAGAUUGGUGAAGAGUAUAGUUUGCGUAAGGAGCUUACGUCUCUGCGUUCUCAACUUCGCAGCAAAAAGGCUGAAAUUGACUCUCUGUUGGAUGAUAAACAAGAAAUGCGCAAAGACUUAAAAAAUUUGGAAGCGCAACUUAAACAGGCCAGUGCUGAGAUGGAAAGGGCAACAGAGGAUUAUUCGAAGAUGAAGCAGGCCCUUGUAUCGUCCGACAAUAUCUUAAAAGACAAGCAGAACGAAUGUGAACGACUACAGACAGAACUAGAAAGAAUAACAGGAGGGCCAAGCGGAAUAUCAUUUUUUGACUCAAAAAUAAUGCAAACUCUUGAUGAGAAAGUAGCUGAAUGGACCGCUCUUUUAUCUACUCGUGAAGAAGAAAAUGCCAAGCUUUACGAGGAGAACGAUCGACUAAAGCAAGAUCUGGAUGCCCUAAAAAUAGAUAAGGAUCUCACGAGUGUGCAUGCGCUUGUCAGGACAAUGAAGGAAAAGGAUGACCAAAUAAUGCGCUUGAAAGAACAACUAAUCGAUGCCGCCCGAGAAGUUUCAGAGAGUACGGUCUUACUUGGCGAAGUUAAAAAAACUCUUGGGCCGGAAGAAGGCGAGAUCCUCAAAAUUGAACGGGUAAAGAGAAUUCAAAAAAAUCUUCAAGAAAAAGAAAAUUUGGUAUUUGAAAUGGAACGUCGAAUGAAACUUCUCGAAACACAAAUAGAAACGAAAGAUGAGGAAAUACGCGCACUGGAAGAACGUAUUCGACGAUACGAAACUGGCGAGUAUGGCUUAGCUGAGGCACUCGGUGAAUGGAAAGCAACAAAACUGGAGCUCGUUGCUAAAGAGCGGCAAUUGGAUGAAGUUUGUCAGGCUGCCGGUCAAGCUGAAUCCAACGCUAACCAACUCAUGUUUGAAAACGAUUGCCUUAGACAACGUCUGGGAAUCUCGCCUGAUGAAGAUAUUAACAUUGAUGGAUUUAUUUCUCAGAGGAGGAUUAAAGAAGAUGAGACAAAGGCAUUGAAUAUGGUUUUGCAGGGCGAGAUUGAAAAAUUGGAGAAUGAAAGAUUGGAUCUGAAGCAGAAAUUGCGCGAAAUGGCCAAGAAGAUGGUUCAAAACUCUUCCACGAACGAUCUUGGCCUUCAAUCGCUUCUUUCUUCUGAAACUGUCUAUGAAGAGAAAAGUGAAUACUCACAUAUUCUGAACAUUAUGCAAGUACAAAGUGCUAAUCGGCUACAGGGAUCAGCUCCGACCACCGAAGUUCCUGAAGUUUGGCACAAUAGGGUGAAAGCCGCCAACGAAGAAAUAAGCCGACUAGCAGCAGAAGUUGAAAAAGAGAGACUUCUUCAACAAAAGGCAGCUGCAAAACUGAAUCUGCUUACUGAACUCAAUGUUCAGCUAGAAGCCGGUUUAUCAGAACUUCAGGAAACUCUGAAAACACACCCCAAGGCGUCGGAAGAUAGUGCUGUUAUCCUCGAAUGUCCCGUUUUGGGAAAGCUCCUAGCCGCACUAGAUGCUAGAAGUUUUAUGGAGGACUCAGACAACGCACGCUUUUUAAAGUGUCGUGUCGAUUACCUCGAGGUUCGUUACCAUUUCAAUAACCAAAUAUCUCUUACCUAA